AGACAGGGCGGGAGUGCAAAGAGCUACUGCUAGAUCAACGUGCGCGGGCGGCUUUUGUGUAUACAUCUGAUCUACGAACAUAACCUCACGCGAGUAUCAAUGUUACAUUAAAGCAUAAAUAAUAGCAAAAAUAAGAAUUAGUUUGAAAUAAAAGUGAUCGUCAAAUAUGCCGUACAAGUACAUAGGAAAGACUGUAGAUUUCAAGGGGAAAACACUAUGGGAAAUUUUGGGAAAUCUGAAAAACUUUGGUGUUGGCCGGAUGAUAGCUAGAAAUCGUUUUCAAAGAUAUGAUGAACCUUGUUAUUAUAAAAUUAUGAAAGUUGAAGCCUUACCUAAUCCAGAUAAUGUUACAUAUCAUGGACAACAACGCAAAGUGAUUGCACUAGUGGAGAAAACCUUCCGUGGAAUUAAGCAAGAAAAGCUUGUACAGAUGGAGUCCGCCACUUAUAAAGCUGACUAUUUUCUUGUUCCCAAACAUAAAGAAGCUGAAUUCAGUAAUACGGUAACUGUUAAAGAGAGAAUUUUUCCCAGGGAAAUGGAGUUUCCACCACUUAUGAAAGAAUUUGUAAUUCGUCAAAUGAAACUGGAAGGUAUCAAAAACAAAGAGCCAAAAAUGCCUAUUAAAUACAAUGACUCUGGUUUGAAGACUUACCGAGUGGCCAAAGAAGGUGAAACACCAACAGAACCAGAGCCAUCCAUUGGGCUUGGAACACCGGCAUCUCCCAGCUUAUAUGCAAACAUCAAAGAAUAACAUAUAUUUAAUGAAUCACUUUCAUACGAAUAGAUUUUAAGAUUUGUACAGAUACCUAGUUGUACAUAAGCAGUUUGAGUCAUUAAAACAAAUGUACAUCGUCUUGACAACCGUCAGUAAACGUUUAUUAAUAAACCCAUGAAAUUGUUACGUA